UUAUGCCUUGCCGAAAACCAAAAUAUUAUAAUGUUUUCUUAGUCUCGUAGUUUUUACUAAAGUUUUCCUCGUAUACGUAAGAAAUCAAUUUCAAACUUUACACAAUUAGCAGCCUUUCUGAAAACAUAAUUUGUGAUCUUUGAAACGAUACGAUUACCUACACUAUAGUUUUUACGAAUUUAUAAUAAUAAACUUUGAAUAAAAUGCCUCGAAAACCAUGCUACUGGACGCGAAAAUUGGAGCUAGAGCUAGUGAAUUUUGUACGAGAACGAGAGUACAUUUGGAAACCCACUGGGAAUACCAACCACCACAUUGAACAGAAGUAUAGGGCUUAUGCUGAAUUUGCGGCACAGCUAGGACGUGGCUUUACAGCUCGCUCAGUUCGGGACAGAUGGGUGAAUAUUCGAAAUACAUUCAAUCAUAAUUUAAGGAAAGUAGACAGGACUACAGAGGCAGCUAAGACACCAGAAGACAUUUAUGUACCUUGCUGGCCUCUAUGGAAGCCUUUACAAUUUUUAAGGGAAGUGUAUAAAAAAGAUACUGAUCCUAAUAGUAUCCCUGUGCAACCUGAACUGCACUAUGCCGACACAACAAUUAAGGACGAGACCAAUACAGAGGAAACAGAGUUGAAUAUACGACAAAGGGUCAGGCCAAAAGAGAAACCACCCAAACAACCAAAACUCUAUAAAAACAAAAACAAAUGUAAACAAGUUGUAGAUGAUCUUGUAAAAGCCAUGGCACCUUUAACUGGUCAAGAUAGUUAUGAACAUGAGCGUUAUUGGUUCUUUGGGAGGCAUAUAACAGAACAAUUGAAUGCAAUGAGGGAAAGAGAUGCACAAUGUGCUAGUCAGGAAAUAUUAAAUGUUUUAGAGAGCAUAAGUAAUGAAGACACUUAAUGUUACAAGAAAAAAUCAGAGAUAUUGAAUAAAAGAGGGAACAAAAACAAAUGCAUAUUUGUCUUAUAAAUAUUGACAAAUAUUACUGCUAGAAAAAAGAUCUAUCAACAAACAGAAAUCAAAGGUCAACUAGAAUAAAAUAAAUACUUGAAGCACAAGAGGUCAGACACUUCACAAAUUAACAUUUGACACAUUGUUCCAAAAACAAUUUGUGACAUACUGCAACAAGUUGUGACUCCCAAAAACAAAGCCAAAUGUAAUAAAUAUUUAU